CAAAUCCAAUUCCAAUUCUGGGUUCCUAAUUGUAUCAUUGACGUCGCCAUGAACAACGAUGAUGGGGUGCUGUCAAUCCCAUUGAAGAAGACUGAUCCGGUGGAGCUGUACCUGCCGUUACGUAAGUUGGUAGCCUCAAAAUAUUCGGAGAGCGAUGCACAAAAAGUUGAAAGCGUUUUCGAAACCCUAAACAAAUGCCGCAGGGACAUGGUGGAGCGUAGAGCAGACCUCUCCCUUCCCAUGCAACGUGACUGCCUCAUCCAUUACUUCAAAUGCCUUUCCAUGGUUGAGCCACUCUUCACCUCUAUCUCUUCCGACGCCGACCCCAUCGUCUUUGUCUGGUACGACGCCUUCAAACCUGACCAUAAAGAUGGGGUCUCCUCACAGAGCAACGACAUCCAAUUGGAGAAGGCCGCUGUUGUCUUCAACCUCGGAGCCAUCUACAGCCAGAUUGCUGCCUCUUGCGACCGUACCACCGCCCUUGGCCGUCACCUUGCAAUCGAAGCCUUCAAAGUUGCCGCCAAUUUCUUCCGCAAACUCGGGCAGGUUUUUGCCAAGGACGUGGUCUCCGCCACCCUCGAUUUAACUCUCCUCUUCGCCGAUUUUCUGCACCUCCUCUUCUCCACUCAGGCUUCCGAGCUCGAAUUACACGAACUCCUCAACAAAAACGACGCCAGUUACGCUUUCCAACAACACCGAUGUGCCCUAGCGUUUAUAUCGGUUUAUGAGCUUCAUCGUAGAGCGUAUGCAACGAUAAGGAAUGAUUCGGCUGCACGGAAACAUUUGCGCUCUUUUGACCGGACCUGGUUAACUCGUUUUUACCAGAAGGUGGCAUUCUUAUACGCGGAGGCUCGUCAGAGGGAAUCAUCCAUCCUACCCCAAUCCGAGCGACCUCAUGUUUAUUCAAGGGUCGAAUCUUGUGCUCUUGAUCAUGAUGCAGAAUGUGUCACUGAGAUAUUAGUUAGAGAGAUUUGCUCGAGGAAAACCCAGCUAUACGACAUACAAACCCGAAUGUACGUUGACCUCAUCCUCUCCGAGUACAAUCCUUUCAAGAUUAUGAAGGAUGGAAAGUUGGUGGCUUACCCAUGGGAUAUGCCUCCUCCUUAUCCAACAGAUUCGUUUUCUUCUUCGUCCUUGUCGGAUAUUCUUGGAUUCCUUCCUUUGAAGAAGACUGACCCUUGA